AUGAAAAGAGAAAAGUUGGUGGAGCGUGUUAACGAAGAGAAUGGAGAAGAAACUCAAACUGUAGAUGCCAUUCAGUGGGAUUUCUUCUCCAUGGAUAGAGAGUUUAAUAGAUCGGAAGAUUUCUGGAUUAAGGUUCAUGAAAAGCAAAGAGAAGGUUUGUCGUGGAGCAGAGCAAUGAAUGAGGUGCGAGUUGAAAGAAUGAUUCAAAAUUACAAGGAGUGCGGCGAACUUGAUAGCGAGGAUCCAGCUCUUGUGAUGCUAAAACAGUGGCCAGCAUCCAAACAGUACAAAGAUAAUCCAGAGAAACUUCCAGGCCUUGAAAAGCUGAUAAAUCAAGUUCUCGAGAUUCUUUUGGAAAGUGAACUGAAUUCCAACAAUAGAUAUGAGUCAUUUAUUGAUAAAGAAGACAAAACAGAGAAGACAUUACUACACUAUGCUGCAGAACUUGGGUUUUUACAUGUUACCAAAACACUUGUGAAGAAAUGCCCUUCAUUGUUAGCUGUAUUUACAAAAAGUCAACUAAGACCCAGGAAAAGAGCCAUGCUACCAGUUGAGUUUGCAUUAAUAGGAGAGAGUGAUGAGGUGGCAGCAUAUUUGAUCAGGAUGAUGCAAUAUGACAGUGUCAAGUGGUUAUUUUCAUGGAGACCAAUUAAUAUCAAAAGUCCCCAGCCAUCUCUCUUCAGCUUUAAUUCCAUUAUUGAUAAUCCUAAAAUGAAGAAAACAGUAGUGGCUGUCUUAGACCAGAUGAUGAAUCCUCAUUGGCCAUAUCUUCCAAAACGUAAAGAAAGGUAUACCACCCAAGAGGAAAUGGAUGGAAUUGAAGGAGUAUGGAAUACCAUUUCAGAAGAUCCUUUGAACUUUUAUUUUUACUUUCUUAUCUUGGAUGGUGAUGAAUGCGGGCGACCCCCAAAAGUUACAUUAUCAGGAGAACAUGAAGAGUCAAAUAACAAACAUUUUAACUGGGGAAACAAGUCAUGUUUAAGCAGAAUUGCAAAGAGCAGUAAUAAGGAGGCCUUGCAACAUCCAGUGGUCAGAAUGUUGAUCAAGACAAAAUGGAAAAGUUAUGGACAUUUCUUUAUUAGCCUUCAAACUGCAUUGUAUGUCAUCUUCUUGCUGUGCUUGUCAUAUUCUCUACUGUAUGGUUCUACCAAACUGGACCCCACCCAGUACAGAGGUGCAGCAGAGCUAUGGUGUGGAUUUUGUGAGGUUGUUACUCUUCUCAUGGUUGUCUUUUAUAUAUAUGAAGAAAUCAAUCAAAUGAGAAUAGAAAAGUAUUCAUACUUCUCAGAGUGGAUGACCCUGUUUGAUUGGUUGGGCCUGUUAUUGAUCCUGUGUAUUAUACCAUUGCGAUUCACUGGCAACAGAGCUCAGUGGACAGUCGCAUCUUUAGCUGUCUUGUUUAAUUUCCUGAGGAUUUUUAAGUUCUCGUGUGUGACAAGGUCCACAGGAUUAUACACGAAAACCUUGGCUAAGAUCAUUCAGCAAGACUUGACAAGAUUUAUGGCAGUUUUUGUUGCGAUCUUCCUUCCCUUCUGUGGAGCUUUAUUUUUAUCUCUCCGUUCAUCCAAUGAAAACCAAGAAUUAAGUGGCUUUGGAGAGGUAUUGUUAAGCGGUGUUCGUGCCCUUUCUGAGCAACGAUCCAUUGUAGCAGAUUAUUCAAGCUUCAAUUGGCUCUCCAUUAUGUUAAUGCUAGUGUACAUGGGGACGGUAAUGAUGAUUUUACUAAACAUACUCAUAGCACAAAUGAGCACGACGUACAUACAGGCCAAGAAAGUCGCCCGUCUGGAGUAUGAUGUGGAUCGCAUUUUACAGCUCACUCGUAUGGAAAGAUUUCCUCUUCUGAAUUUGCGCGUAAAGUAUUACAAAGAGGGAGAAUGGAUCAGUGAAAAGAAACUUGCGGAAGAACUUCUUGAGUUCAGUGAAGAUCGCAAUCCUUGGGAAUCAGUGGAAGAAAAGCUUAGCGCGAUAAGGGAUAUGAUGAGGAAGAUGGUGAAACAGAUGAGACCUGAAAGAGGGUGA